AUGUCUUCAACAAUUCUCAGGUUGCCAGGUGUGGCGUUCAUUACGGGCGCCGGCGGGACUGGAAUUGGAGCUGCCGUAGCAAGAGCUUUUGCUCGGUCAGGAUGCACGCGCUUUGCAAUAACAGACCUCAACAAAGACACUCUUGCCCAGACUCGAGAUCGCAUUCUCAGCAUAAACCCAGAUGCACAAGUUCUCGCUGAACCCGGAGAUAUCUCGGACAAGUCACACGUCGAGUCGUUCAUCACUCAGACUGUCAAAAGUUUUGAGCGACUAGACUAUGCCGUCAACUGUGCCGGCAUUCUCGGUUCGGCGGUGCGGUCGACAGACAUGGACACAGCAGACUUCGACAAGAUUACAAACGUGAAUUAUAGGGGAACUUGGUUGUCUUCUAGAGCAGCCUUAAGAGUCAUGUUGCAGCAGAAACCAUUACAAGAGCAUCCUGAACAGAGGGGAGCAGUUGUCAGCAUUGCUAGCCAGCUCGGCAUUGUGGCACGUCCUGAAGCCGCUGCAUAUUGCGCUUCCAAGGCGGCCAUCAUACACAUGACCCGCUCGGAUGCCAUUGACUACUCCAAGGACAAUAUUCGCAUCAACUGCGUGUGUCCUGGAGUUAUCGAAUCGCCCAUGACUACAGGCACAAACGAAGUAGCAGAGAGGCUACGCCCGGCAAUAGAAAUUGCGCCGAUGCGAAGAAUGGGACGGCCAGAUGAAGUUGCAAAUGCUGUCAUGUUUUUGUGUUCCAGUCAGGCGUCCUUCAUACAAGGACAUGCCUUGGUCGUUGAUGGGGGAUACACCAUAAACUAG